AUGUUUUCAAUUGAUAUUAUUUUUCUUGUUUUCCUCAUAUCUUCAAUUUGUAUUGGGUUCAUAGGGAACUCAGUGCUUUUCACAUUAUAUAUGUAUGUCUUCUUCACUCAAUCUCACCUGAAAAGGCCCAUAGAUUUGAUAUUCAUACACCUGACACUGGUCAAUGUUUUGACUAUCAUGUUCAAGUUGAUACCAGAUGUCGCGUCAUCCUUUGGAGUAAGGCAUUUUCUGGAUGAUGUUGGUUGUAAGGCAACUUUGUACACAUACAGAGUUACCCGGGGUCUUUCCAUCUGUACUACCUCCUUCCUGAGUGCUGUUCAAGCCAUCACUAUCAGCCCCAGUACUUCUACGUGGACAAGGCUUAAAUCUAAACUCUCUACAUGCAUCUUUCCCUCUCUCCUCUUCUUCUGGAUCAUCAACAUGUUCAUCUAUAUCAACAUCAUCAAAGCUGUAGAAGCCAAUUGCAAUGCUUCAUUUGUUGGUUCUGGAUACUCUCAACUGUACUGUGAAGGUAAGCCGUUGGGACACUACCGUUCAAUGGCAUUUAUAAGUGGCAUGGUGAUUCGAGAUCUCUUCUUUGUGGUCCUCAUGAUGUUGUCCAGUAUCUACAUGGUGAGUCUGCUCUACAAGCACUGCCAGAGAGCCCAGUAUGUUCACAGCCCCAGCCUGUCUUCCCAGACAUCUCCGGAAAUCAAAGCCACCCACAGCAUUCUUUUGCUGGUAAGUUGCUUUGUUUUCUUUUAUUGUGCGAACAACUUCAUUACCCUUUAUCUUUUUUAUAGACCUGAGAAAAACCCGAGACUGGAGAGAAUUACGGGGAUUAUUUCAGCCUGCUACCCAACCAUCUGCCCUUUUCUGCUGAUGAAAAGAAAAAUUAUUUCCAAAUUUACUUCUUUCAUUUCAAAGAUGAGAAUUCCCUUUUCUGAAAGAACAUUUAGGAGAUGA